CUUCAUCUCCGUGUGCGCGCAUGAGUUUUGUGUGUGUUAAGCGGCCCACCCCUUUUCGACCUCCGACUAUUGAUGCCACGAUCAUCUCUCUCGUUCGGCUUUUCGUCCGGCGUCCGCACCCUGGUGUCAUCGUUAACCGUGGAGACUACAUUCGCCGGGGUACGGUACUUCAGUGGCAACGAAGAACAUCGGCAACAUCAUCGGUGAUCUCAGUGUUGGACAGUGGAACUAGACUACAACAUCUCGACGCUGAGCGGUGUCAUCCAAUACUCAUCCAUACCGUUCAUCCCACGAAAAUUGCGGCGCUGUGCGUACCUUAGUACUAAUCUCCGUUCUGGUCACCGGUGUGUGCUGUUGAGCAGCGGCGUGAAAUUAUUGUGCGAAAGUUUCCGGAGGAAGUGCGGGGAUGAGAAGAGACUGAUUUUCAGGCUUUCCGGAGACGGUGAUAGACAACAUUGGAUGCACGCAUCGAAAGUGAGGAUGACAAUGGCAGUGCUUCGAAGGAAUGCGAUCUCGGCUAUUCUCCUCGGGGCAGUGCUGUCCGUCCCCUACGGCGUCCAGGGAAUUCGCCCCAAGGACGACCCAGUGGUGUUCACCAGAUCGGGGUACGUGAUGGGCCGAACAAACGUGUUCUUCAACAAGCCCAUCGACACCUUCCUGGGCAUUCCGUUCGCCGAACCGCCGCUACGGGAACUCCGCUUCCGCAAGCCGAUGCCGGCGAAGCAGUGGGAAGGCAUCUACAACGCGGCCCAGAUGCCGUUUCCCUGCCUGCAGUACGACACGUUCGUCACCAAGAAGAUCACCAUCGACGCCUCCAACAGCACCGAGGAUUGCCUCUACCUAAACGUAUGGACCCCGGCGUUGCACUGCAACACCAUCGAGAACUGCGGCGCCAAGAGCGUCAUCGUGUUCUUCCACGGCGGGGGUUUCGACACCGGAGGCAACAGCUACUUCUUCUACGACGGGACGCAGCUGGCAGCCCUGGGCGACGUCGUGGUCGUGGUUCCCAACUACCGCCUCGGCGUCUUCGGCUUUCUGAGUGCGGGCCACCCCGAUGCGCCGGGGAACAUGGGCCUCCUGGACCAGCUGGCGGCGCUCAGGUGGGUCCGCGACAACAUCGUCCACUUCGGCGGUCGUCCGGAGUCGGUGACCCUCAUGGGUCAGAGCGCCGGCGCCAUGUCGGUCGGCUUCCACAUGCUAUCGCCGCUCAGUCGCGGUCUCUUCAAGCGAGCCAUCCUGCAGAGCGGCAGCCCGUACCUCCUGCAGCCGGCGAGUCUCAAGGCGGGCGUCGAGCGGGUCCAGCAGCUCGCAGAGGCCGUGGGCUGCGCCGACGAGAACGUGACACUGUCUGGCCACCGGCACCACGUGCUCGAGUGUCUGCGAUGGGCCAACGCUUCGGCCCUGAUGGCGGCCAACAGGGAGCUGAACGUGUUGAACCCGGCCAGCUACUUCCCCUCCUACGGAGACGACUUCCUGCCGGACGAUCCCCGAGCGCUUAUCGAGCGUGGCCAGAUUGCGGACGUUGACGUCAUCAUCGGAACCAACAGGAACGAGGGCAGCCCGUUUGUCAACUAUUUCAUGGUCAAGGUUCUGCGCCAAGAGGAUCCGAGGCUCCUGACCCGCGACGAAGUGGGCUUUUACCUCAUCCUGCUCUUUCACCACGUGCUGGGCGAGAGUCCGCGCGAAGUGACGUCACACUACCUGCGCAACGUCAGACCGGAAGACGGCCGCGGAGCGCUGGCAGCCGCUGGCGACGCCAUCGGAGACUUCCUGUUCCAGUGUCCAGUCAACUACUUCGCCGAGAACCUGGCGGCGAGGAACCGGACGGUGUACAUGUACUACUUCGACCACCGGCCCUCGUACAGCUGGUGGGGUGACUGGCUGGGCGUCGCCCACUUCGACGAGUUCUUCUUCGUGUUCGGCACGUUGUUCCGAGACAUGCACAUGUCGACCAUGGAGGAACUCGAGUUCAGCUCCAAGCUCAUCCAGAUAUGGUCCACGUUUGCCAGGAAGGGGAAAGUGCCCAAGAUCCGCGGUAACCGUUGGCCCAAGUUCACGGCGGAGUGGCCCCUCUUGCUUAAUUUAAGCCCGAAGAACUUCACCGUUGGCUGGGAACCGCACUCCGAGAACUGUCGCGCUUGGGAACGCUACCUCAAGGUGACACCGGACAACGCAGUGGCCAGUUGACCGACGACACACUCACUCUCGUGAUUCGUAGAACCAAUGAACUUCCGAGUGUAGAGGGGCGAUUCCUGGACAUUUGUAGCGAACCGCCCACGCAGAGCGAGCCUGUGCCGAGGGGCUUGCGCAGUUCCGGCUCGUUCAAAGCACCACGAGCCCCCGAAACGUCUCUAAUAGCCCGAGCCUUGUUUGCGAGUUCAACACCGUGUACACGUUUAGGGCGCGCUCAGCGGUUUGUUGAGGGCACGUAUACAUAAGGGCUGUAAACUGCAAUUCACCCCGUCAUACGUUGCGAGCCACAAACUAUUCUCGGUUCAAUACUCGCGCAGGCAUACAUCACAUUCUUGCAAUUUAACCUAACGCUCACCGCAACGCGCCUGUGGAGUUGUUGGCAUAAACUCAGUGGGUGAGCCAAUUAACGUUCACCGUCAAUGACAUCGCCGAAAGUACAUUACCGAGAAUGUCCCCAGUUAUUAGAAAUGGGAGAAAGUAGGAACGGUACGUGCUUAGAAUUCCACGGCGCUCAGUAAAACCAUGCAGGACUCUUCAAUACCUUAAAAGGCGCUGGUGUAGCCUAUACUCAACGAAUUGCGAUAAGUCGCUCUCCGUCCGGCUCUCAAGACUAGCGUACAGGCACGCGUCUUCACAGAGUCUCUAGUUCGAGGCGUUGGACACGGCUUUCGAGUUCAAAGCUCUGGUCCACAUGGUGUUCCUGCAAGUUGUUUUUGCCCUUCUUGCCCGUUAAGCAAUUUGUCGUAG